AUGGUUUACAUCAAUUUUCACUUCUCACAGCCUGCCUGGUGUGCUUUUACAAAUGAUGAUGAAGUUGCCUGUGAUUGCGUCAUAUACCAGAGUUACGGAGGCAGCAGUGGUCGGUUCACGUCGCCCAACUUCCCCAAAAACUACCCGAGAGACUCCACCUGUAUUCUGUACACGUUCAUCGGGGAUGUCGAUGAAAUCAUCGAACUCACUUUCCUCGAGUUUGAUAUGAGAAUGCCUACUUCUAAUAAUGUUUGUACAGAUUUCUUGAGAUUAUUUUUAAACCUCGACCGGCCUGAGGUGAAUGAACAUAAUAGAUAUGACUUGGAGUUGUGUGGCAACAUAACGAUGAUUGGCCGCAAGUACGGCAAAAAAUAUUACUCCGCCAGUCGCAGCCUCAUUCUGGAGCUUCAUGCUGACGGGUAUCCUGGCAACUACACAGGCUUUCAAGGCAGAUACCAGUUUUUAGAUAAAAAUCAGUUCACGAUAGAUGGGACAAAAAUUCCAGGAACUCCAUGUACAUAUUACUUUGAUAGCAAUAAAAAUAAAAAAUCGGGAAACUUUUUUUCCCCAUUCUAUCCUCAAAAUUAUAAACCAAACUACAGCUGUCAGUACCACUUUAUAGCAGGACCAGACGAAAAAGUUAAAAUAGUUUUCAGAAAUAUACAGCUCUACCCUAGUGAUGGCAGUUGUCAGUUUAGUAAAGAUGCCAUCAAGGUGCAUGAUGGGAGAGACAAAAGCGCUGUUGUGAUUGGCCACUACUGUGACCUGCACAAUCAGGUGGAGCUGAUGUCAUCACAGAGAUACCUCUUCAUCCAGUUCUACUCCGAUGACAUCGGGGAGAGGAAGGGGUUCGCAGCCACUUACCAGUUCACCAGCAACAACCCUCAACCCCCAACCCCCAACCCAAUGCUUUCACUCAACAUGUCAGCUAAUGGUUACGCUACCUCGAGGCCUUCAAUUACCUCUUCUAAAGAAUUCCAAUGCAAUGACGUAAUCCGCAGCAUCAACCGGAAGAAUGGCACGAUAAAGAGCCCGUUUUACCCGCAGUCGUACCCGGCGGACAUUGUGUGUCGCUACACCUUCCAGGGGGUCGGGAGAGAGCGCGUACAGCUGCACUUCAAACACAUGGAUCUGCACUACCCCGCCGGUGAUGCUAGUGAGCCUGUCGACUGCGCCGGCUCAGACUCUGUCAUUGUCUUCAUCACACUGAAUGGGAAGAACGAGAACCUCGGCACAUUCUGUGGCAAGAAGCUGCCACCAAAGCUGAUGUCAAAUGAAGCGAAGAUGACGGUGGAGUUCCGAAGCACCCAGCCGUCGCAGUCUGUGACAGGCUUCGAGGCCAGGUACAGCUUCGUCACAAAUUUUGGAAUAACAUCUGGAGUGCAGGAUGACCGAGGAGUGUGUAUGUUCAACUACUACAGCGCCACCAGCUCCAGUGGGAAGUUCACGUCGCCCAACUACCCGGGCCUGUACCCACGUGACACGGAAUGUCACUACCUCUUUUACGGUGCAGGGGACGAGACGGUCUUCAUCCAGUUCCCAGUGUUCGCUGUCGAUGGAAUCAGUCCCAGGUGUGAGGAAGCAACCAAGAGUGACUUUGUUUCCUUCUCAAACUUUGCUGAAGCAGAAGACCGCAAGUUGCAUCGUCUGUGUGGCAAUUCGCUGGAGUCGAGAUACAAAACCAUCGAGUCGGACGGCCCGUUCUUCCGAGUCGUCUUCAAAUCUAACGGCAUUUACGAUGCAAAUGGUUUUGAGGCUUAUUACGAGUUCAGAGGAGUAAACAACGACAGGAGUAAAUAUCGAUCCAGUAAUAAUAAAUCUGAGAAAAAAGCUCAACAGGUAACGAAAGGCCGAGCUGCUCGCCCGGUGCCAGCAGUCUCUGUAUGGACAGCCCUGUUUCUCGUAUCGGCUUUCAUUUAGCAUUAAUCCUGCCUCACCUUUUUCUUCAAAAUGGAUUCUAAAAAAAAAUAUAUAUAAAAAAAACUGAAUAAAAGAAAGAUUCCAUUUUGACUUGGAAGGUACAAGUUCUGUGCUGUACAUUUUGUGAUAUUUUCUUCUAUUUUGUGCAAGUCUUUCUCUGAGAUGUGGAGGAUCUAUUGCAGAUUUAUCUUUCACCACAUCUCCACGUGAAGCAGCUUGCAAUAUUCCCCAUGUUACCACGUCUCCACGUGAAGGAGCUUGCAGUGUUUCUCAUGUUACACCUCAACACAGCGAGAAAACACCACCUGGCUGUAUCGGGCCACUAGAUGACAGCGUGAAUUAGGACUGACAUUUAACACUGCACAGUCACCAGUUGUACCAUCAUUAGUCCAUCGUUGUGAUCCGAGAAAACAUUGCCUGACUGUAUCGGGCCACUAGAUGAUACUGUGAAUUAGGACUGACAUUUAACACUGCACAGUCACCAGUUGUACCAUCAUUAGUCCAUCGUUGUGAUCUGAGAAAACAUUGCCUGACUGUAUCGGGCCACUAGAUGACACCGUGAAUUAGGACUGACAUUUAACACUGCACAGACACCAGUUGUACCAUCAUUAGUCCAUCGUUGUGAUCUGAGAAAACAUUGCCUGACUGUAUCGGGCCACUAGAUGACACCGUGAGUUAGGACUAACAUUUAACACUGCACAGACACCAGUUGUACCAUCAUUAGUCCAUCGUUGUGAUCUGAGAAAACAUUGCCUGACUGUAUCGGGCCACUAGAUGACACUAUGAAUUAGAACUGACAUUUAACACUGCACAGUCACCAGUUGUACCAUCAUUAGUCCAUCGUUGUGAUCUGCAGUGGGAAGUUUACCACAACAGUCAUUGGACUGAUGGUCAGAGGUAUUGACCGUCACAGGUUUAGGACAGAUACCAGCUGUAAUUAAUGGUUUCUGUAGGUUUAUAUACAACUGAUGUUAGAUCACCAGUUGUGAUGGUUUCUGUAGAAUUAUAUUGAACUGAGUUAGGAAUGAUAACAGAUGUAAUGGUUUUUUGUAGGGUCAUACUGAACUAGUAUAGGACAGAUACCAGCUGUGAUGGCUUGUGAAUUUAGGGCCAAACUGAACUAGUUUAGAACAGAUACCAGCUGUGAUGGCUUGUGAAGGGCUACACAGAACUGGUAUAGGACAGAUACCAGCUGUGAUGGCUUGUGAAGGGCUAUACAGAACUGGUUUAGGACAGAUACCAGCUGUGAUGGUGUCUGAAGGGCUAUACAGAACUGGUUUAGGACAGAUACCACCUGUGAUGGUGUUUGAAGGGCUAUACAGAGCUGCUUUAGGACAGAUACCAGCUGUGAUGGUGUCUGAAGGGCUAUACAGAACUGGUUUAGGACAGAUACCAGCUGUGAUGGUGUCUGAAGGGCUAUACAGAACUGGUUUAGGACAGAUACGACCUGUGAUGGUGUUUGAAGGGCUAUACAGAGCUGCUUUAGGACAGAUACCAGCUGUGAUGGUGUCUGAAGGGCUAUACAGAACUGGUUUAGGACAGAUACCAGCUGUGAUGGUUCUUAAGAGCUGUACAGAACUAGUUUAGAACACAGACAUUAGCAUUUGUGGUCGGGAUGGGGCAGUAUCUGAAGUGCUUUAAGACAGAUGACAGUAUUAGGUGAUUUGGAUAUGUUCUAAUUAACUCAGGCAGUAUGAUAAUGUUGGUAGUGAUAAUGACUGAUUGUCACAAGAAGAACAUCUACUACUGUCGGGUUAGAUUAAUUAAUGUGAUAGCGAGUACAGUGAAGGGUUUAGUGAGAGGAGGCAUGUUGAAGAGUUCAGAUUCUAAUGAUGAGUAGAAGAUGCCUUCACCUCAGCUUUAAUUUCUACAGAAUCAGCCAACGCCUCCGUUAGGAAGUGUAGAAAUCAUAUAUAUCUUUCUCGAGUAGAUCUCAAUAUUAGCUUACUGGUUGUGAGCGAUGAUGUUGUGAAAUACGAAUUAUUUAUUUCCCACAACUCGCCUGUCAGCUAGCGUUCUAGUCUCAAGUCCUCGGUGUGCUCAAGUUUAUCAUUCUACUCAAACUGAGUAUGUGGAUAUGAUCAAAGGUUCUAGUUGAGCAGGCUUGGCUGAUAAUGUUCUUAUAAUACUAAACAAUUUGAGCAUAAUCUGCAGGUAAUGUUCUAUUGAUGCUAGUUGAGCAUACUCAAGUGGUAAUGUGCUACUAAUACUCACCAGUUGAGCAUACUCAACUGGUAAUAUUCUGGUGAGACUCAUUUCUUUGAGCAUGGCUGUGGUAAUGUUCUACCAAUACUGUGCUUGAGUAUGCCCAAUGUUAACAUGAUCAUCUGGUUUCCAGAUGUGUGCUGGAGUGGAAAUGCUCUAUAAAGACAGAGUACUCAGCAGACCUGUAUGUUGCACGCUAUUAAAUGCAGCACGAGCUGCUCUUUCUUGUCAUAUCUAGAACACAGUUGCAGCUGUACAGAUAAUUAAUAGAAUUUCUCUCAUCUCUAGUGUUUGCUAGACCCACACUAGAAUAGACAGAAAAUGUUUGCAAUAUACAGAAAGAAAGUUUGCUUUGUUUAACGACGCCACUAGAGCACAUUGGUUUAUUAAUCAUCGGCUAUUGGAUGUCAAACAUUUUAGUAGCAAGGAAUCUUUUAUAUGCACCAUCCCACAGACAGG